AUGGCUUUACUGCAGUACCCCGCGCCGGUUGAUUAUACGAAGCAAUUGGACGCUUUCAAGGACUUCUUGAAGCAUUUCAAGACCUUCCAGUCCACUUCCGAAGCUGCUGCCACCGAGGCCUUGGAGGACUUGAACAUCAAUGGCGAGCGCUCCAGCGAUGAAUAUGACUUCAUGGACGAUGCCGACGAGGCGGAGGGCGGGCAGACCAGCGGGGCAAGGAGGCGCAAAGACCUGAAACUCAAGUAUAUGCAGGUUCUGCAAGAUGUUGCAAACCGGGACCAAUCGAGCAUUCUGAUAGAGCUGGAUGAUUUGUCGGUGUUCGAGAAAGCGCUUCCGGAUGAGCAGCAGGAUCUGAAACUGGUGGACUCGAUCCAGAAGAAUACCAAGCGCUACAUCGAUGUACUGUCGCAGGCGGUCGACGAGGUCAUGCCCAAGGAGACAAAGGAUGUCACAUUCAAGGAUGAUGUGCUAGAUGUGAUCAUGUCACAGCGCGAGAAGCGCAACGAAACGAUGGAGAUGGCCAUGGAAGCUGACAUGGACGCGGCGACUACCCCAACAAUGUUCCCCCCAGAGCUCACUCGUCGAUAUACUCUCAACUUCAAGCCGAUUACUGCCUCGGGAUCCAGCGACCAACGUGACUCUAAAGCGAUGGCAGUCCGUAAUGUCAAGGGUGAACACCUCGGUAGCUUGAUCACUGUCCGCGGUAUUACUACCCGUGUCUCGGACGUCAAGCCGUCGGUUCAGAUCAACGCCUACACCUGUGAUCGUUGUGGAUGCGAAGUCUUCCAGCCGAUUACCACCAAGCAAUUCCUUCCCCUCACAGAGUGCUUGUCGGAGGAGUGUACGAAGAACAAUUCCAAGGGCCAACUGUUCCUCUCAACUCGUGCCUCGAAAUUCGUUCCCUUCCAAGAAGUGAAGAUCCAAGAGAUGGCGGAUCAGGUGCCUGUGGGCCACAUCCCCCGGGCUCUAACUAUUCACUGCCACGGCGCUCUCACUCGCCAACUCAAUCCCGGUGACAUGGUUGACGUUGCCGGCAUCUUCCUGCCCACUCCUUACACUGGUUUCCGUGCCAUUCGCGCAGGCUUGCUUACCGACACAUACCUAGAGGCCCAGCACAUCACCCAGCACAAAAAGUCGUACACCGACAUGGGCAUGGAUAGCCGCACUCUUCGCAAGAUCGAGCAGUACCAGAGCUCGGGCAACAUGUACGAAUACCUUUCUCGGUCUAUUGCUCCCGAGAUUUAUGGUCAUCUCGACGUCAAGAAGGCCCUGCUCUUGCUUUUGAUCGGCGGUGUCACGAAAGAGAUGGGAGACGGUAUGCACAUUCGUGGUGAUCUCAACAUCUGUCUGAUGGGUGAUCCUGGUGUGGCCAAAUCUCAGCUGCUACGAUACAUUACCAAGGUUGCCCCACGUGGCGUGUACACUACUGGACGAGGCAGCAGCGGUGUCGGUCUUACUGCUGCGGUCAUGAGGGACCCGGUCACGGACGAGAUGAUGCUGGAAGGCGGAGCGCUGGUUCUGGCAGACAACGGUAUUUGCUGCAUCGACGAGUUCGACAAGAUGGAGGACUCGGACCGAACCGCCAUUCACGAAGUGAUGGAACAGCAAACCAUCUCCAUUUCCAAGGCAGGCAUCACGACCACGCUCAACGCUCGCACCUCGAUAUUGGCCGCGGCUAACCCGCUGUACGGCCGGUACAACCCUCGAAUCUCGCCCGUGGAGAACAUCAAUCUGCCUGCCGCGCUACUGUCUCGUUUCGACGUCUUAUUCUUGCUUCUGGACACCCCGUCGCGCGACACCGACGAGGAACUGGCCAACCAUGUCACCUACGUGCACAUGCACAACAAGCAUCCCGAGAAUGAGGACGCGGCGAUCAUGUUUACUCCCCACGAAGUCCGACAGUACGUUGCCAAGGCACGAACAUAUCGCCCCGUGGUGCCAUCUAAUGUGUCUGAUUACAUGGUGGGCGCGUACGUUUCGAUGCGCAAGAAGCAAAAAGCGGACGAGGCCAGGAAGAAGCAGUUUUCGCACGUCUCUCCUCGUACCCUGCUGGGUAUUGUGCGUCUUUCGCAGGCUUUAGCGCGUCUUCGCUUCAGCGAGGAGGUAGUGCGCGAGGAUGUCGACGAGGCUCUGCGUCUUAUCGAGGUUAGCAAGGCCUCCUUGCUCAACGACGGCGAGGCCGGUGCCGACCACACCCCGACUAGCAAGAUCUACACCUUGAUCCGAGGCAUGAUGGAGAGCGGCGCCGCUGCGGUAGGAGACAGCGACGAUGGCGAGCUGAGCAUGCGCCGCAUUCGCGAGAGAGUGCUGGCCAAGGGCUUCACCGAUGACCAGCUCACUACCGCGAUCAACGAGUAUGCCGAAAUGAGCGUCUGGCAAGUUACGGGCAAUGGCUCGCGUCUGUUGUUUGUUACUGCUGCUGAUGAUGACGAGAUGGGACUGUAA